AUCAACCAGUACGUGGUGGUUAAGACGCUGGGCAGGGGGGCCUUCGGCAAGGUCAAGCUCUGCCUCAACACGCUGGACGGCCAGCUGUACGCCGUCAAGGCGUCUGGGCGCAUCAUGUGUCGAGAUCUAGGUUGUUGGUCAGGCGCUGUGCCGCGAGCCGCUGCCCCCGCUCGCGCCUCCAUGGACGACACGUCCCCUCUGGCCGCCAUCAUGCGGGAGAUCGCCGUGAUGAAGAAGGUGGAUCACCCGCAUGUGGUGCGGCUGCAUGAGGUGAUUGACCCUCCCGGCUCGUCCUACCUGAUGAUGGUGAUGGAGUACUGCGAGGGGGGCUGUGUGAUGGAGACACGGCAGCAGACGGGGCUGACGCCGCUGGGGGAGGACACGGCGCGGGAGUACUUUCGGCAGGCAUGUCUGGGUCUGGACUACCUGCACUACAACAACGUCGUCCACGGCGACCUGAAGCCGGAGAACAUGCUGGUGUCGGGCAGCGGCCUGCUCAAGAUUGCGGACUUCGGCUCCAGUCGCUUCAUGGGCGGGGACCCCACGGACGCCACAAAGACCUCCUGUACACCCGCGUUCCAGUCCCCUGAGGAGAUUGGUCACAUGCUCGUCAACCCCUUCGCCGCCGACCUGUGGGCGCUGGCCUGCUGCCUCUUCUGCUUCGUGUUCGGUCGACUGCCCUUCGUGGGGUCGUGUGUGGUGGACAUCUACCGCGCCAUCCUGACCCGGCCCCACGUGUUCCCUGAAGAGGUGUCCUGCUCCCCCGCGCUGAAGGACCUGCUGGACAGGAUGUUGCACAAGGACCCCAACAAGCGCCUCAAACUGCGGGAGGUCGGCCAGCACGAGUGGGUCACUGCGGGCGGUCGGCUGCCUCCGUUGCAGUCGCUGCAGUCGCUGGGGCCCGCGGGGCCGGGCGGGGAGGCGCGGCCCCCGGUCAUACACGUCACACACGCGGAACAGGUCAACGCCAUUGACCGCUCCUCCCUCGUGUCGCUCGUCCGCGCGCGUCUCAAGGUGUGA